AUGGAUUCUAAAGAAACCAACGAACAUCAGCAGCUACAACCACCGCAUGGGACGCUAACGGGUUCCUACAACCGCAACGCCGCCGCGUUAACCGGUCCCUCCUCCACUUCUCAGGCCAUGCAACACCGUUUAUCUGUCGGGGCUCUCUCGCAGCGCCAGCCUCAACAACCGCUCGGGAUCGAGGGAUCGCCUUCCUCCGUCUCGACGCAAUUCAGGAACGAGCAGCGAGGACGAGAAAGAGGAAGGGUCAGAGGACGACCGAGGAAGUACGCUGAUGUCAUUGAUGAUGAUGGUGGUGGAGGUGCAAGAGGAGCAGAAACACUGUUGACACCUCAUUUAAUUAACGUCAAAGCUGGAGAGGACAUAGCUGCGAAGAUAGUGGCCUUUACGAAUCAAGGACCACUCGAGUCUAGUAUUCUCUCAGCUUCGGGAGCUGUUUCUAGUGCGGUGCUUCGUCACUCUAACAAUCCUAGUGGAGUUGUUAAGUAUGAGGGCGUAUAUGAUAUCAUUGCUAUGUCAGGUUCUUUCUUGAAUACUGAGAGUAAUGGUACUGUGACCAGAACUAGUGACAUGAACGUGCAUAUUGCUGGUCCUGAUGGUCGGAUUCUGGCGGGUUUUGUUGCUGGAAUGCUAGUUGCUCGGUCACAAGUCCAGGUCGUAGUUGGAAGCUUUGUAUCAGAGAAAGUGAAAGUGAGCGCAACGCGUGUUGAGAAUAACCCCGAGCCAGCUUCAGCUUCAGGUUCAUCAUCGGCCAGUGGUGGUGGACCAGGAAGCCCUCAGUCUCAGGGACCGCCAAGCGAGUCAUCUGAGGAAAAUGAUUGUAUCAACAACAAGAAUUAUAAAGUUGGAAAGUCUACGCCCCGACCACUUCACCUCUUCUUGCCUGGGAAUAAUCCUAAGUAA